AUGAGUGAAGUUACAACUAAACAAACUAAAGGUAGAAGAAAAUACGUUUGUACGUAUGAUAAUUGUGGAAAAAGUUUCAGUAGACCAUGUCUUUUACAACAACAUCGCUCGUCACAUACUAAUGAAAGACCAUAUAUUUGUGAUGAGCCAGGAUGUGGGAAACGAUUCAUUAGACCAUGUCAUUUAGCUGUACAUAAAUGGACUCAUCUACAAGUAAAACCACGUCAAUGUACUUUAUGUGAUAAAGGGUUUAUUACCAAUCAACAAUUAAAGAGACAUUUAGAAUCCCAUGCUAAAAAGGCCAAAAGGUUACAUGAAAAAGAAUUAUUACAACAAGAGAAGUUAAAAUUAAAAGAGGAAAAAAAAUUAAAGUUGAAACAAAAAGAAGAGGAAAAUCAAGAAGAGGAAGAGGAAAAGGAAGAAAAAGAAGAAGAGGAAGAAAUGGCUGUACGUCAUGUAGUUGAAAGUCAGGAAGGUGCAGUUAGAGUGCAAUGUCCAUAUGAUGAUUGUGAAGUUGAAUUUCGUCCCGGAGAAGAUUUAAUUAAUCAUAUGUUAGAGUAUCAUUUAGUGAAUAGAUUAAAACAUGGACCUGAAAGUGAUGAACAAAUUUGGAAAUAUGCAAAGGACGAUUAUUCAAUGUUACAUGUUCAUGAUCAAUUAUCUCAUGAUAAUAGCAACAUAAAUCUUAAAGGUAUAACAACAUCACCAUCGAUGACUGUAAUGUUACCAUCACCUGAAAGUGAAAGAACCAAUAGCAUAAGCGAUUCUACGACGACAAUGACUGAUGUAAUGGAUCAAUUGGAUUUAAAUAAGAUAAUUCAAGAAGAAGGUACUAAUAAUGACAAUUAUGAUAAUAAUAAUACAGCUAUUGAUUGGAGAGAUCAUUGUUGCAAAGAAUCCGGUUGCGUAUUUACAAACAAACCGUUUAAUUCUAUCAUAGAUUUACUUGAACAUUAUGAUCAAGAUCAUUCAUUUAUUCCAACAUCAUUAGUUAAAUAUGGAUAUUUGUACAUAUAUGGUAUUCAUGGUUGA